AUGAUUUUUCACCAAAACAAAGUUCGUAUUUAUUUACUCGUCUAUGUGGACGACAUUCUACUCACCGGAAAUAACACUCAAGCCAUGAAUGACCUGGUCGGUAAACUCAAAUCCAAAUUCACAAUGAAGCAUCUCGGUUUGGCACACCAAUUUCUGGGCAUCAAAAUUGAUCGAUAUCCAGAUAAGUACUUUCUAUCUCAAUCUCUAUAUGCUAAAUCUAUUCUUCAAAUGGCCGAGUUACCUAAAUGUAAUUCGGUCGCUAAUCCUUCAAUUACCAAACCCGCAGCUUUGUCUCCUCCACCAACUCCGAUCUUCGACGCUGUUUUAUACAGAAGAUUAAUCGGAGCUUUACAAUAUUUGACACUGACGCACCCUGAUAUAUCGUAUGCUGUCAACGCCCUUUCCCAACACAUGCACAGCCCCGAACCGCUUCAUACAGUCAUGCUAAAGAAACUUCUGCGGUACAUACAAGGGACAGUGGAUUUUGGACUACCACUCACACGUUCACACCUUAAUCUAACUACGUAUUCAGACGCUGAUUGGGCAUCAGACCCAAUCACCCGUCGAUCUACUUCAGGCUUCUGUACCUUUCUUGGCGAAACAUUAAUCUCUUGGACAGUUAAGAAACAAACCACCGUAUCCCGUUCUUCCACAGAAUCGGAAUACAGAGCGCUUGCAUCGGCUACCGCGGACACAAUUUGGAUCAAGCGUCUUCUUGCAGAUUUUCAGGUUUCUCACACUCAGCCAGUUGACGUCUUCUGCGACAACACAUCCACGAUUGCCCUCGCAAACAAUCCUGUCUUUCAUGCUCGCACUCAACACAUCGAAAUCGAUCAAAGGUUUGUGCGGGAUAACAUUCAAAACAACACAAUUCGCCUGCUUCCAAUCAAUACCGUGGAUCAAAAGGCGGACAUUCUCACCAAACCUUUGAAUACUCCACGGUACAAAUUACUUCGCAACAAACUGACCAUUGGACCCAAUACUCAGCUUGCGGGGGCAUGUUAA